AUGGGAUUCAUAAGGGGCGUUAUAGCAAUUAACACCGAUUUGGCAGUCGAUAAAAUAUCGGGUAUUUGGUUCGGGUUUAUAAAUUUUUUUCGGAGCCCAAUGGAAAUGGCGGGUUGGUCAUCACUUCCAUCCAAUCCCAAAUUUCAUCAGACAAUAUCCAUAUGGGGUCCCACAACCACCCACAUCAUCACCAACGCCGCCGCUCUCCGCAUCGGCGACGUCCUCCACCGCCGUCUUCAAUCCUCUAUCAAGCAUAUUUUUUGUCAUGUUCAUGGCCCUAUAUUGAAGGAUGCAUGGCAUAAAUGGACCUUUCAUGUCACUGGAUUCAACAUCCUUCAGUGGUCACAGGAUGUCUUCUCUGCCGAAGACAUGAGCUUAUUACUCUUCAGUGCUGAUGAAAGUAGAAGGAAAUUCAAAAAGAUUCAGAAUUCAUACUCAAAGUCAUCAAGAUCAUUCUUUUCCAGUGAAAGGAAAUGGACCAACAUAUUCCUUGCACUUAACAUAUUGAUAUAUAUUGCACAAGUCGCAACAGACGGCAAGCUUUUAUUUUGGGGAGCUAAGAUUAACAGUCUUAUUGACAAAGGGCAACUAUGGAGGCUGAUUACUUCAUCAUUCUUGCAUACAAGCAUAGUGCAUCUCAUGGUUAAUUGUUAUUCCUUGAAUUCGGUUGGGCCUGGUGUUGAAAAAGUUAGUGGCCCUAAAAGAUAUGUUGCUCUAUACUUGACGUCUGCAAUUGCAAGUUCAGCUAUGAGUUACUGGCUUAGUAAGGCACCUGCAGUUGGUGCCUCAGGAGCAAUUUUUGGAUUAGUUGGAUCUUUUGCAGUAUUCGUUUUGAGGCAUAGGGGCAUGGUCAAAGGCACCGAGGGGGAUCUUCGAUACAUAGCAAAUGUGAUUGUUCUAAAUUUGGCAAUUGGACUAAUGACCAAAGGAAUCGACAACUGGGGACAUCUCGGAGGUUUAAUAGGAGGAGCUGCAACAUCAUGGCUUCUUGGCCCAGCAUGGAAGAUUCAAUCCGUCUCCAGUGAAGGAAGACGAGUUUUUGCUGACACAGCACCAAUUUUUUCUCUCAUUCCAACUAAAAGGGACGAGUCAUAAUCCCUACUAUUUAACUGCUAGUGUGCCGGCUGACAUGACUCAAGCCUUGAGCACCUGCAGUUUUACUGAUUUUCCCAAUACCUAUGCAAAUGUGGCAUCUAUAUAGUCAUACAGUUGUGGUUGAUUAAUGAUCUAGUUCACAAGUCUGCUGUACAUAGUUUGCCUUUCUUUGUACAGGGAAUAUGUGACCAUAGAACAUGUAAAGAGCAAAUUAGAGGUCAGGCAUCUAUUUGCCUCGCGUUCAUUAGCUGCUGCUGGUGGCCUGAUAUGCUGUAGUAUUGUCAGAUGUUAAGAGGGUCUUGGUAAUCUGAUUUAGGUGGUGUAUCUAAUGUCCACUUUUAUGCACGUCUGGCCCAUUGUAGAAUAAUCCAGUUGAUAAAUGUUUAAACAAUUUAUAAUUCAAAAUCUAGUAUCCUUUGUU